UUGUGCCUGAUUCAAGACACAGAGCUUGUCUGGAUGCAUGUGGCCAGUGGAGGUGAAAGUGAAAGCAAGAAGACUAACAACAGAUCUAACUAAGGUGAUGUACAACUACAAAAAUGAGUGCAAUGAUAUGUAUUCUGUCAGCAUUUGAUGCCAAAGAGCAGACAUGGGAAGAAUACUGCGAGAUUCUCGAUCAAUUUUUUAAAGCCAAUGACAUUAAUGAUGGGGACAAACAGAGAGCUAUCCUCAUUAGCGUGGUGGGACCAGCUACAUACAAGCUAAUGAGAAACCUAGUGAGCCCGGACAAGCCCAGCUCUAAAACCUACAUGCAGUUGGUAACAACAAUGAAAGAGCACUUCAAUCCUAAACCAAGUGAGAUUGUACAAAGGUACAAAUUUGACUCUCUUCGUCAGCCCACUGAAUCCAUCAGCGCAUAUAUAGCAGAGCUGAGGCAGCUUGCUCAGGAUUGCAACUUUGGUGCUACAUUGGAACAGAUGUUGAGGGAUUGUCUGGUGUGCYGGUUCAAUGAUGAUAGGAUUCAAAGAAGGCUACUAUCAGAGACUGAUCUGACUUUUGAGAAAGCAUUUCAGAUUGCUGUAGCUGCGGAAGCUGCGAACAGAAAUGCUCAUGACCUGCAGGAGCCAGCAACAUGUAACAACAUGAAGGCAGAGGAGAGAGACACGAGAGGAAGUUGGAAACAGAAAGAAAAAGAGUGUUACCGAUGUCACGGGAAAAAUCACACCGCCACCAAAUGUAAGUUUAAAGACUCCAAAUGUCACAGCUGUGGAAAAGUUGGACACAUCGCCAGAGCAUGCAGAUCUGGAAAUAAAAGAGAAGAUGAUGUGCGCCCCAAGGAAAAGUUUGGUCACCGGGGGCAGCCACACAGAUCACACAAGGUAUGUGAACAACAAAAGGAUGAAAGCAGUUCAGAUCAAGAUGAGGAAGCAUUCACUCUAGCAUGUUUGAAAACCAAAACUUCUAUUCAAAGAGUUGAACCAUUUGAAGUAAAGGUGAAAGUAAACAGAAAAGAAGUAAAGUUUGAAAUAGACACGGGAUGUAGUGUCAGUGUUAUGAAUGAAAAACAGUUCUGUGAGAUGUGGCAUGAAGAAAGUCYACCACAAAUAAAAGAAAGCAAACUCUCUCUUAGGACAUACAGUGGAGAGAAAAUAACAGUUGUGGGGGUGGCUCAGGUUGAGGUGAACUAUGCAAACCAAACCAAAACAUUGCCCCUAGUGGUAGUGAAGGGAACUGGACCAAGCCUGUUUGGCAGGGGGUGGCUGGAAGAGUUAAAGCUCAAAUGGGAUGAGAUUAAGCAUGUGAAAACAGAGGCACAGGGAUUACACGAAUUUCUCUCGAGACAUGAAGAAGUUUUUAAAGAAGAGUUAGGUAUGUUAAAAGGAACGCAAGCAACAAUCCGUGUAUCUACAGAUGCCUGCCCCAAAUUCUACAGGCCCCGCUCAGUCCCGUAUGCCAUGAGGGCCAAGGUUGAUGAGGAGAUAGAAAGGCUCCUGAAGGACGACAUCAUAACCCCAGUGAAGUAUGCGGAGUGGGCAGCGCCCAUUGUACCUGUUCUUAAGCCUGAUGGAUCUGUCAGAAUGUGUGGCGACUACAAGUUAACCAUAAACAAUGCUUCAUCACUUGAACAAUAUCCUAUUCCCCGUGUYGAAGACCUCUUUAAUGCACUAAUAGGUGGGAAACAGUUCACAAAGCUUGAUCUAAACCAUGCGUAUCAGCAGAUUGUCAUGGAUGAAGAGUCAAAGAAAUACCUGACAAUAAAUACACAUCGUGGUCUUUUCACCUACAACAGACUAGCAUUCGGCGUGUCAUCAGCCCCAGCUAUUUUCCAGAGGACGAUGGAAAGCMUGUUACAAGGUCUGCCCAGGGUUGUGGUAUAUUUAGAUGAUAUACUGCUGACAGGUAGAGACACAGUCGAGCACCUGCAAACAUUAGAUGAGGUACUCAAAAGACUCAAGGAAGCUGGCCUGUGGCUUCACAGGCGUAAAUGUGCUUUCUUACAGGAUCAGGUGGAAUAUUUGGGUCAUAGGAUUGAUGCAGAAGGCCUGCACCCAGUGCAAGCAAAAGUGAAAGCCAUCGAGGAAGCUCCACCUCCAACAACAGUGAUGGAACUAAAAGCUUAUCUGGGUCUCCUAAACUACUACAAGUUCCUUCCCAACAUUUCCACAUGCUUGGCACCAUUAUACCAGCUGCUGAAGAAAGAUGCUAAGUGGAGUUGGAAUAAAGAACAGGAGGAGGCGUUUGAUUUAUCUAAACAGCUGCUAAAGUCAGCCAAAGUACUGUGUCAUUACUCAGCCGACAAAGACCUGGUGCUUGCAUGUGAUGCCUCACCGUAUGGAGUAGGCGCAGGAUUGUCACACAUGAUGGAAGACGGAAGUGAAAAACCUUUAGGUUUAAUGUCAAGGACAUUAACACCAGUGGAGAAGCGUUGCUCACAACUCGACAAGGAGGGGUUAGCCAUCAUCUUUGGAAUCAAGAGGUUUCACAGGUAUCUCUACGGUCGUAGAUUCACAAUCAGUACCGACCACAAGCCACUGAUAUCUCUUUUCCAUGAACAGAAACCUGUACCACAGAUGGGGUCACCGAGAGUGCAAAGACGAGCUACCCUGCUGAGAGCAUACGAGUACACCAUAGUCUACAAAGCAUGCAAAGUUCAUGCCAAUGCAGACGCACUGAGUCGGCUGCCACUGCCACAGGUUGAGGAGGAGGAGGACGACGCAGGACAAGUCCUCAUGUUGGACCUGAUGGACGAUCCACCAAUCACUACAGCUCAGGUAAAGCUGUGUACUGCAAGAGACAACAUACUGUCACAAGUGCUGUCAUGGUGUUUAAAGGGCUGGCCCAAAGAAGUGGACACACAGUUCAAGGUCUACAGUCAGAGAAGGUUCGAGUUGAGUGUGAGAGACGGAUGUGUGUUGUGGGGAGCUAGAGUGGUUGUUCCAAAGAAGGUAAGGUCCACCCUUUUGAAACAACUGCACCACACACACUCUGGCAUUUCCAAAAUGAAAGGCUUGGCACGUUCAUACAUGUGGUGGCCAGGGAUGGAUGCUGACAUAGAGAAGGAAGUACAGUGCUGCCACAUUUGUCAGGAAAACAGGAAGUCUCCAGCAGCUGCACCUCUCCACCCUUGGGAAUGGACAGAAACUCCCUGGAGCAGGCUACACGUUGAUUAUGCUGGCCCUCACUUAGGAAAAAUGUUUCUCAUUGUAAUAGAUGCACAUUCAAAAUGGCUUGAAGUGUAUCCCACAAGCAACGCGACAAGUCAAGUCACAAUAGAAAAGCUCAGACAAUGUUUCAGCACACACGGCCUGCCCCAGAUAAUAGUGUCAGACAAUGGCACAUGUUUCACCAGUCAAGAGUUUGAAACAUUCRUGAAGCAYAARYGKAUACAMCWUGUUACAUCAGCACCUUUCCACCCAGCAUCAAAUGGCCUGGCAGAAAGAGCUGUACAAACGUUCAAACAGGGCCUGAAGAAAGCAAAGGGGGACACUUUGGAAACAAAGCUGGCAAGAUUUCUGUUCAACUACAGAAUUACACCACGAAGUGCCACAGGCUUGUCGCCUGCUGAAAUGCUGAUGUCCAGAAGAUUGCGUUCAAUACUGGAUCUCCUGCUGCCUGACAUCAAGUCAAGAAUACAAAAGAGACAGAACAAACAGAAAGAACAUCAUGACAAGAACAGCAGAUGGAGACGUUUUUCUCCCAGCGAUGAUGUGUACGUCCGGAACUAUAGUCACGGACCAAAGUGGGUUCCUGCCGCUGUCGUACAAAACACAGGUCCUGUAUCUUACACUGUGCAGACAGGAGAUGGACGUGUCUUACGACGUCAUGUGGACCAAAUUCGAAAACGACAUGCAUCAGUGAUGGGAACAUCUGUGUUUGACAUGGCUAGGGAGCCCUAUAAUCUUCAGGUUCCAGAACAGGAGAUGGUUCAAAGGCCAACAGACUCUGUUGUUUCAUCUUCAGUGGGAAGGGAAAUGCAAGAGCUUGUGGAAGCAGCUCAGGUUCAUUCUCCAGCAGAGAAAGCAGUAGCGACGGACGCCAAAGCAGAUCCACCACCAGUUCUGCGCCGCUCUGAGCGCAGGAAACAGACUCCUUCUUAUCUAAGGGAUUUUGUGAGUAAAUAGCGAGCUCCCUCAAGUAAGAGCAAGAAUGCGCUCUGGGACUCACUGGAAGGAUGGUUGUCUACCCACCUUCUAUGUUAGUUUAUUGUAUUAUGUUUAAAAAACCCUGAAUUUGUUAUUUUGUUUUGCGUAGGACUGUUGGAAUUURGUAUGCUCCUGCUGCAGCUAAGAAGACAUUUUUGACAUAAAUAAUUUCAGGUAGUAAGUUUUGUGACCAGUUGAGGGUUGGGUGAUGUUAAAUUGCACCGGCAUAGUUUACUCUUAAAGUGGGAGGAAUGUGGUAUCCUGAUUUAGUAAUCUUUUGUUUUGGGUUGUGUUACCACCCAACACCACUAGAGGCAGUAGCAGAGAAGAACCUAAAAAGCUACUGCAGGAGAUUUAGAGCAGAAGAAGUUACCUCAUGUGUUAUACAGAACUGGUACUCUAACUGUAAGCUGUGAAGAGCAUUAAAAAGAAUUUUAAAUAUACUGUAUCUGCUGAGAGUGGACAUCAUUCCUAAGAGUGAAGAUAUCACAUACAGUAUAUGCUGUUAAGUGUCAGGAGGACUGUGAUCACUUAUACAUUGGGGAAACAAAACAGCCACUGU